AAUAGAAAGAGAAUAAAAGAAAAAAAAGUUUGCCGUUUGCCUAUUUGCGCGAGUGAAGUGGACCUUUUUGCGGCAGACGAAACCUCCCGAAAGAGGAACCGGACCAGACCACCACCACCUACACCACUCCCCUAAUCCGAAAGCAAACGCAUUCCGCCUGCCUGUGCGCCUGCCAUAGUCGAGUGGGAAACGGAAGGAUCUACCCGCCAGCUGCCCGUAAUCAGCAUUACACCAUCAUGCAGUGCAACAUUCGAUAUUUGGUUAAUGUUGCCGUCAAGGGCAACGCAAGCCUUCGAAACCAUGGCGCGGUGCUCGGUGCCCUGUACGGCCGGUACUACUCGACGACACACGAUGCCGACCUGGUGGUCAUCGGUUCCGGACCCGGUGGAUACGUCGCCUCCAUCAAAGCUGCCCAGCUCGGCAUGAAGACCGUGUGCAUUGAAAAGAACGACACGCUCGGCGGCACCUGCCUGAACGUGGGCUGCAUCCCGUCGAAAGCGCUGCUGAACAACUCGCACUACUACCAUAUGGCCCACUCGGGCGACCUGGCGGCCCGCGGCAUCCACGUGGAGAACGUGCGGCUCGACCUGGACGUGCUGAUGGGCCAGAAGACGAAGGCGGUCAAAUCGCUGACCGGCGGCAUCGCGCAGCUGUUCAAAAAAAACAAGAUCACGCAUAUCAACGGCUUCGGCACGAUCACCGGCCCGAACACGGUCGUCGCCAAGAAGGCGGACGGUAGCGAGGAGACGGUCAACACGAAGAACAUCCUGAUCGCGACCGGCUCGGAGGUGACGCCCUUCCCGGGCAUCGAGGUGGACGAGGAGACGAUCGUUUCGUCGACCGGCGCCCUGAAGCUGAAGGCAGUGCCGCGCCGGCUCGGCCUGAUCGGUGCCGGUGUGAUCGGGCUGGAGCUCGGUUCGGUGUGGGGCCGUCUCGGUGCGGAUGUUACCGCGAUCGAGUUCCUCAGCACGAUCGGUGGCGUCGGCAUCGAUCAGGAGGUGUCGAAGAACUUCCAGAAGAUUCUCACCAAGCAGGGCAUGAAGUUUAUGCUCGGCACGAAGGUGAUGAGCGCGGCCAAGACCGGUAGCGGCGUGUCGGUGACGGUAGAGAGCGUGAAGGACGGUUCGCAGCAGAACCUGGAGUUUGACGUGCUGCUGGUUUGCGUUGGCCGCCGGCCGUACACCGAGGGUCUCGGGCUGGAGAACGUUGGCAUCGUGAAGGACGACCGGGGCCGUGUGCCGGUGAACAGCCAGUUCCAGACGAUCGUACCGAGCGUGUACGCGAUCGGUGACUGCAUCCACGGCCCGAUGCUGGCGCACAAGGCCGAGGACGAGGGUAUCGUGUGCGUGGAGGGCAUGCUCGGUGGGCACGUGCACAUCGACUACAACUGCGUGCCGAGCGUGGUGUACACCCACCCGGAGGUGGCCUGGGUCGGCAAGAACGAGGAGGAGCUGAAGGCGGAAGGUGUCGCGUACAACGUCGGCAAGUUCCCGUUCGCGGCCAACUCGCGCGCCAAGACGAACAACGACACGGACGGCUUCGUGAAGGUGCUGGCCGACAAGCAGACGGAUCGCGUGCUUGGCGUGCAUAUCAUUGGACCGGCCGCUGGUGAGCUGAUCAACGAGUCUGUCCUUGCCAUGGAGUACGGUGCGUCCGCCGAGGACGUUGCCCGCGUCUGCCACGCUCACCCGACCUGCGCCGAAGCCCUGCGAGAGGCACACACAGCGGCCAGUUUCGGCAAGCCGAUCAACUUCUAAUUUGUAAAAAAAGAAACCACACACCCGCAACACAACCCCACUACCAGUUCAGCAACACAUCCAUUUUUAUGGUGAAGUAAAGCGAGCAAAUAAGUGUGCAAACCUUACAGACGAACCGCCUUUUCCCUAUCCCUCCCUUAUGCGGGAUGUCUCCUGAAACAACUCCUCGCCUUUCAUUUUUCGGCACACCAUCAUCAUGCGGGUGGGCGAGAUAGGCGGAAGGGCCGUUUGUUGUGUUGUUUUUCUAUAGCAGACGACCGACUGAAAGGCGGUGAAAAAAUUAGGAAAUUGGGGGAGGAAAAGGGAAACGAUACGAAGCAAUUUUUAAAAACAACCUCCGUUGGGAGGGGAGCAUUCUUACAGUCAGUACCUUCCCUUGUAAGUGUAAAACGCGAAAGAGAGAAGAGUAAAACAACAAAUGCUGCUCGUCUCUUCCUACGCUCGGGUGUUGGCAUUAUUCCUUUCCGGAAGUGCUAAGGACUCGUGCUAAGAGGAGCGAUUGUCCGGCGUAGAACGUUUUUUUGAAUCUGGAACCAUUGAAUUAGAUUGUUCUUCUGUUGGAAACAGUGCAGUAUAUAAACAAAGGCGAAUAAAAUGAAACCCAAAAGCAAGAUUAUUUAUUAGCUCAUAAA